AUGGCGGACACGGACCUCUUUAUGGAAUGCGAGGAGGAGGAGCUGGAGCCGUGGCAGAAAAUCAGCGACGUGAUUGAAGAUUCUGUGGUCGAGGAUUACAACUCGGUUGAUAAAACCACUACGGGUAAUUCCCUAUUCCAGGCUAGAGGUUCUCCACUCAUCCUCACCCAGAACCCCACCUCGGGCCUGGGCACGAUGGUCACUCAGCCGGUGUUACGCCCCGUGCAGAUCAUGCAGAACGCCAACCACGUCACCAACUCCCCGGUGGCCAGCCAGCCCAUCUUCAUCACGACCCAGGGAUUUCCCGUGAGGAACGUGCGGCCUGUGCAGAAAACGAUGGACCAGUUGCAUUCAGUUGUUACCGCGCAAAGGAUGGACUUUGGUUACUUGAUGCGCCUUGUUUGUUCGUUUGUUUCUGAAGCCCCAGGUACCCAGUUUGUUAAACCGGCCGUUGGCGUUCCUCAGGUGUUCUCUCAAAUGGCCCAGGUGAGACCGGGUACGACCAUGCCGGUCCGACCCACCACCAACACUUUCACUACGGUCAUUCCGGCCACGCUCACCAUCCGGAGCACUGUUCCGCAGUCCCAGGCCCAACAGCAAAGUAAGUCCACUCCCAGCACCUCCACAACUCCUACUGCACCGCAGCCAGCAGCACUGGGACAGUUAACUGUGCAGCAGCCAGGGCAGUCCAGUCAAGCUACUAACCCCAAAUUAGUGAGUAUUGCGAGCUUGGUGACUGUAAAGAGACCUGGAGUGACUGGUGAGAACAGCAAUGAGGUUGCUAAGCUAGUGAAUGCUCUGAACACCAUUCCUUCGUUAGGACAGAGCCCUGGCCCGCUGGUGGUUUCCAACAGCAGCCCCGUGCACGGUUCCCAGAGAUCGAGCGUGUCCGAGUCGUCCUCCUCGUCGUCGUCGUUGAAAGUCAGUUCAUCUCCUAUUCCCACGUUUGAUUUGCAAGAUGGUGGCAGGAAGGUCUGCCCGAGGUGCGACGCUCAGUUCCGAGUGACCGAAGCUUUAAGAGGCCACAUGUGUUACUGCUGCCCUGAAAUGGUUAAAUUCCUCAGGAAAAGAAAAUCUCCAGAAUCUGAACCAAAUAUUCAAUCUGCAAAGCCUCCGUCUCCAGAAAAAACUACAGCUGUUGCUUCACCACCCUCUUCUACUCCCAUCCCUGCGCUGUCCCCGCCUGCUAAAGCUCCAGAGCCAAGUGAAAACGUAGUUGACUCAUCCCAAAGUAAGCUCAUUAUGUUGGUAGAUGAUUUCUACUAUGGCAGAGACGGUGGCAAAGUGAACCAGCUCCUCAACUUCCCCAAGGUUCCGACUUCCUUCAGGUGUCCGCACUGCACCAAGAGGCUAAAGAACAACAUACGGUUUAUGAACCACAUGAAGCACCACGUGGAGCUGGAUCAGCAGAACGGAGAGGUGGAUGUCCACACCAUCUGCCAGCACUGCUACCGACAGUUCUCCACCCCGUUCCAGCUACAGUGUCACUUAGAGAACGUCCACAGUCCCUACGAGUCAACAACAAAGUGCAAGAUCUGCGAGUGGGCCUUCGAGAGCGAGCCGAUGUUCCUGCAGCACAUGAAGGACACUCACAAGCCCGGGGAGAUGCCCUACGUGUGUCAGGUGUGCCAGUACCGCUCGUCGCUCUACUCGGAGGUGGACAGCCACUUCCGCAUGAUCCACGAGGACACGCGGCACCUGCUCUGCCCCUACUGCCUCAAGGUCUUCAAGAACGGCAACGCCUUCCAGCAGCACUUCAUGCGGCACCAGAAGAAGAGUGUUUACCACUGCAACAAGUGCAGGCUCCAGUUCCUCUUUGCCAAGGAUAAAAUCGAACACAAGCUGCAGCACCACAAAACUUUCCGAAAGCCCAAACAAUUGGAAGGAUUGAAACCUGGAACCAAGGUGAGAAAAAUCACGUUGACAGCAAGUCUCUGGCCCCGUUUCCUCGGGGAAACACCCGUGGCCUCUGUGUCGGUGGCUGGCGUGGGGCAGGAAACCGCGCCGCUGUCGUCUUCUGCCGACCCCCAGCCCAUCUUCCUGUACCCGCCCGUCCAGAGGAACGUCCAGAAGAGAGCGGUCAAAAAAAUGAGCGUCCUGGGGAGGCAGACCUGCCUGGAGUGCAGCUUCGAAAUCCCCGACUUCCCAAACCACUUCCCCACCUACGUGCACUGCUCGCUGUGCCGCUACAGCACCUGCUGCUCCAGGGCUUACGCCAACCACAUGAUCAACAACCAUGUUCCUCGGAAGAGUCCAAAAUACUUGGCUUUGUUUAAAAACUAUACUGCCUGUGGUUUAAAGCUGUCGUGUUCCUCUUGUCUCUUUGUAACAUCCGAGGGUGAUGCGAUGGCUGAACAUCUGGUCUUCAAUCCUUCGCAUGAGUUUAGUAACAUUAUUUUCCGAG